CUCAAGUUUUUCUUUUUUCUCUUUCUUCUUCCUUUGUCCCUCCCCGGUUUCAUGUAUGAACCGGUGUAUAUUUAUAUAGAUUCACGUGCGUUUGUCAACCUGGAUUUGUUGGUCAAUCUUUUUAAUUACUCUCCUCCGAAAAAUCAAAUAAAAAGCCAACGAUUCCUCUCAUCUAUGUGCUUCCUCCAUUGAAGAUCGGAUAGAGUUUUCUCAAGCCCUCUUUGCACUCUGCUGCUUUGUGUGUUUGUGUGAGAGAGAGAGAGAGAAAACAGAAAUGGAGCUUGCUUUGAGCUUGGGAGAUUCAUCAAAGCAGUUUUCAUUUCUUGACAAAACCCCGAAGAAGUCAUCAGGGAAAGGUCUUGGAUUUUGCAUGGCAGUGGGUGGUGGUGGUGGUGGUCGGAGUUUGAGUCCGCCGGAAAGGGAAACUGGUGGAGAUCAUGGAGAUGAGAGAAGGGGUUCUUCUGAUCCACCUGUUCAGCUUGAUCUUCUUCCUUUCUCUCCGGUUCCUCGUCGCCAGCCUUCUCAGCUCCGAUUUUCUUGGGUCACCGAUAACCUGGGGACGGAGCCGGGUUCAGGAGCUUUAGAUGUGAACCGAUUACCGAUCGUUGCUGCAGUGGAGGAAGCGGAGGAAGGGGGGGCGCAGUCGUCUCCAAAUAGCGCAGCUUCGUCAUUCCAGAUGGAUUUCGGGAUUGGAAACGGAAGCAGUAGAGGGAAGAGAUCAGAUAUGGAGGGUGAGAUGGAGAGAACAAGUUCCCGAGCGAGUGAUGAUGACGAGAACGGUUCAACUCGGAAGAAACUCAGACUCUCCAAGGAACAGUCUGCUUUUCUUGAAGAAAGCUUCAAAGAACACAAUACUCUCAAUCCAAAACAAAAACUCGCACUAGCCAAGCAGUUGAAUCUUCGUCCUCGCCAAGUAGAAGUUUGGUUCCAGAAUAGAAGAGCAAGGACGAAGUUAAAGCAGACGGAGGUAGAUUGUGAGUAUUUAAAGAGAUGCUGCGAGACAUUGACAGAAGAGAACAGGAGGCUGCAGAAAGAGCUGCAGGAAUUAAGAGCACUUAAGACCUCUCAGCCGUUCUACAUGCAGCUCCCAGCCACCACUCUCACUAUGUGCCCCUCGUGUGAGCGCGUUGCCACCACUACUACUACAACCACCACCACCACAACCGCCACGGCUAAUGGUGCGGGUGCAGCCUUGGGCGUUAACAGGCCUAAGCUGCACCCAUUUUCUGCACUAAAACCAGCACGUGCCCCGCAGGCUCAGGCCCACCAGGCUGCAUCAUGAAAGGUGGGAUGUGACCAGUCAAAAGAUGGGCAUGCCUUCUGGGAUUUUGUGUAAAUAUUUUUGGCUUGGAGAAUGGAGAAUGUGAUUUUCCUUUUUUUUUUUUUUUUUUUUUAGGGAACAAAAGAAAAAAAAGAAGAAGAAUAUUAUCAUUAUCUCUUGAGUUGGUUUCUUGUUUUGACGAAGGAGGCAUUAGAGGAAGAAGAUUCCAAGAGUUUCGGUUGUGUUUUAUUGACCGGCAAGAAAAAUGUGGGAGAAAUUUUGUUACUCCAGCUAUCUGCCUCUUGUUUGCGAAGGAUAUUUAAUUAAUCAAUGAAAUAUAUAGUUCCAUUGUUU